AUGAAUUGUUACGACGUGCCCCUAAAUCUUAGUGCGUUGGGUCUUUUACUUGAAAAUUAUCCCUAUGAUCCUGUGUUAUGGUCGUUGUAUGCAACAUGCAGUUAUUUGUAUGAGAAGAAGAAAAUUGAAAUUCAGAAUUUAGGGGUAAAAGAAAUUUAUAUUCGGAAUUAUCGUCUUGCGGGUAUAUACGAUGUAGAGGAAGAGGACGGGGAAAAGCAGGUUGUUCUGAAACAGUCAUUGGUGUGGUUAAAGGGUUGCUUAACGGGUGUUCAUGAUAUGAUAUUAUUCGAUAAGUCAAAACCUUACUAUGCACUAUUGGGUGUUGAUACCCACGUCUCAAACUCAUGCUAUAGUUUUUACGACGAUCCCGAAGACGAAUCUAAAAUGGAUAAAACAUUUUAUGUUAUUCCUGCAGAGUGGAUCCCCUAUGUGUAUAUACGUGUAAGAGAUGAUAAGUCUUGGCACAUGUAUUUGGCCAAAAAGAAGUUUUGCUGCCGGCAGAUUUUGUAUCGUGGCGAUGUUACGGUUGUACAACGCCAAUAUGUAAGCAUUAAAGAUGAAUAUAUGGUUUCCGACGAUUAUUUUCAUGUUGGUGUUGGACAGUGUGCUGGAAAAGUUCACGAAGUGCUUGCCGAUGUGGGGGUAUUUAUAAAUGGUAAGCAGUUGUACGAGACCGCACGACGGCUGGCCGACCCCUACGGUAAAGUACGAGAGGUAAUCUAUGCGCUUGGCGUACACGAACCCUUAUUUAAGUUUGGAGACGAACACAUUAAGGGAAAAACUUUAAAAUUAAUUAUGAGACAUUUAUUAGUGUGCCGUUGUUGUAAUGUGUAUGUAGAUAAGUUAGUGGAAAUGAUUUGUACAACGUUAGUUAAGCAUGAUACUUUAGCCGGGGUUAUGAAUUCUUUUGACGGUGAUACGCUUAAAGAGGGUCAAGUACCCUGUUAUACAUAUAUUUUGGACGGUGAUUUUGCAGUUAUGCGUAGAGAUGCUUAUAGAGCACCGUUAAAAAUUAAAGAUAUUUGUGAUAGUAUUUGUAAAGAAAUUAUUGAUCCGUUUUUUGAGAAAUUUAAUUAA